AUGAGAUACAAUUAUGCAUUCAUUCAUUUCUUACUAUUACAACUACUUUCGUAUUCCAAUGCGAUAGCUUAUCAUUUAUCAUCAGAUGAUAACUUCAAAUGGUUAUCACCGUUUGAUAAUCGUAGUAAGUUAGCAGCAUUAUGCACUCAAAAUAAUCGACAAUUAGUUAUGCAUCGUUCUGGGAUAACAUUGCUUUAUCGUUUAUUUCAACAUGAUGCGUUAUGUUCACCUGAAAUUGAACGUUACGUACCGUCACGUCAUAUUUCAUUGGUAUGGUUUAUGCAGGCGUUGCAAUACUGUGAAGUGAAUCACGUUUUAAAUUGGAAGAGACCUGAAAUUCAUUAUAAUCGAACAUUUCAAGUAUUAAUUACACGAGCUGCCUUUGCAUUGGUAUGUCAAGAAAUUAAUGAUAUAAAUUUUUAUGGAUUAAUGAAAUAUGCAGAUUUGUUUCGAAUUCUUUUCGAAGAUAACAAUACAGAUCGCAGAAUCAUUUGUCAACAAAUACAGAACACAAAUAACGAUUUAUUUCAACGUUGCCUUGCAGACAAACCAAAUAAUAAGCUAUAUCUUCUGAACAAAAUGUGUUCUGGAAAUUCAACGUUACGAUUAAUUAAAAUGAAUGUGCUUUUUCAACGGUUUGCCAGAAAUUGUCAUACGUUGCAUGAUUUUGUCAUUAAUAUGCUACCAAAAUAUUCAUCAUUUGGUGAAGCACUUUCAAAUGAUAUAUACUUUAUGAAUUUAUUAAGCACUUAUCUCAUAUCAACAAUUAAUCGUGCUAGUCCAUUGCUAGAAAUUGUUUUGAAAACACGCCUUCAUCUUCAACUUUUUAGCAUUACAGCUGUUAAAUUGCAACGUGAACUGGACAAAGCUAACAUGUUAACAUUUAUUAGUUAUUAA